AUGCGGUCAAUUCUGGGUCGAGUUCAUCGAGUCGGGCUUGCGCUUCCACUUGCGCCUAGUACACAAUGGCACGUCUGCAGUGCUUCCCCUGCUAUACUAGGCGCUGCGACAACAAGAGGGGGGUAUAAUGGUACUAGCACGUAUAUGCUACGUGCUGGCUGUGGUGCAGUCUACACGCCACUGGACCGGAGGUGGUUUCGUACUGGAAUCCCUGGCGGCAGUGGGAUGAGAAACACCCGAACGAAAGAGCAACUGGAGAGAUUGAGACUACGGGAUCGCACGGGGGGUGUGCAGGAGGAGCAGAAGGAAGGAGGGGGAAGAAAGCUAUUAACCACGCCAUCGAGGUUAUUCAAGCUACUAAUUCCGCUGUCAACUGGGAUUCAAGGAGAGCAUAAAGACAUCGAACCAAUCGCCAUUCUCGUCCACCCCCAACAACCACUCUCCCACCUAGAACGACUAAUCCAAUCCGAAGUCCCAGCCAUAACAACUGAAGACGGCCAGACUCGCCCCCCAACCGUCUCCUUCAUCGCCCUCCAGAUCGAAGACCACCCCAUCCGGCCCCGAAAAGCCGUCUACGAAGGCACCGGCGCAGAAGUCCACCAGCUCGAUGAGAUGGGUCGUAUCGACGACGGCGAAGGCAAACGAGCUCCCACCGAAGACGACACGUACACGUACCUACGCCGAACGGAGCCCAGCAAGAAGGGCGAGGGAUCAGAAGGUGGAGGUGACAAAAGGGAGCAGCGCUUCGUACGCUGGUCUCAAUCCACCGAGAUCGGCGAUUUCAUCCGCGACGCAGCACGGGCACGGGAAUUCAUCGUCUCCGUGGAAGGCGCACCAGCCGGGGUACAUCAGAUCCGUGUGGCGGUGCCAUCGUUCGACGAGCGGACAUAUUUCCUGCGGAUGCGACUACGGAAGGUCUCCGGACGGAUCCAGGGCAUCGCGGAGAUCAAGCACGAGUGUGAUGCGCUGGCACACCGGGGCGCGCAGCGGGUGGCGAUGGGAGGGCUGGGGAUUCUGGCGAUGUGGUGGUACUUGGUGUAUAGGUUGACGUUUGAGACGGAUCUGGGAUGGGAUACGAUGGAGCCGGUGACGUAUCUGGUGAGUUUGUCGACGCUGAUGGGGGGAUAUCUCUGGUUUUUGUACCAUAAUCGGGAGAUAUCGUACCGGUCGGCGUUGGAUUUUACGAUCAAUGCGCGGCAGAAGAGGCUGUAUCAGGAGAAGGGGAUUGAUUUGCAGCUGUGGGAGUCAUUGAUUGAUGAGGGGAAUACGUUGCGCAAGGAGAUUAAGAAUAUUGCGGCGGAGUAUGAUGUGGAGUGGGAUGAGAUGAAGGAUGAGAGGGAUGAGAGGGUGACGGAGGCGUUGAAGCAGGAGAGGACGCAGAAGAAUGGGAAGAGAGGAAAAGGAGGUGAUGAUGAAGAGGAUGGAGAUUGAUCUAUACACAGCCCCCAUGUUCAUGCCCGUUGCAUUGCACUCAAGCUCAACCAUUUCGAACAGGAUCAUAAUACUCCUUCUUUCCACUGCUGGCACUACUACCAAUCCCAGAACUGGCAGCACUACUACCCCCAGCAGCAGUACCAACUGAAGCACCGCCAUCAUGUCUCACUCCCAUCUGAGGAGAACUCGCCCGACCUAGUACAUACAUACAGCAAUAGUUAGCUACUGUACAUAUAACUCAC